AUGAAGAACAGCUACUGCAGCACCAUAAGGCCCACAGCGUCGAGACCCGCCUUCAUCCAGAGCAAGUACCUAGGGAAGUAUGAGAAGAUUCAUACCAAGGUGACAGCCUGUGAGUGCAAUCUACUUGGGGAAACCUGUGACCAGAGUGUGCAGCUCAUUGGCCGUCAGAGCACCCAUGCUGAUGUGGAGCCAGGUGAAUGCACUGAGCCUGAGAAACGCACAGAUAAAACCUCUGUCGCUGAGCACCAGCCUUCCCAAAGUGAGUGCCCCUUUAAAUGUAACAAAUGCGACAGGACCUUUAGCCAGAGUGCCCACCUUUUGAAACAUGAGUUAAUUCACAUUGAAGAGAAGCCAUUUAAAUGCAAUGAAUGUGACAGAGCCUUCAAGCAGAGUAACUACCUUAUUCAGCACCAGAGAACUCAUGCCAUAAAGAAGCACUUUGAGUGCAGUGAGUGUGGGAAGACAUUUCAUCAGAGCUCAUGCCUUUCUAAGCAUCAGAAAAUUCACACAGGGGAGAAGCCCUUUAAAUGUGGUGACUGUGGGAAAUCCUUCCUUUUGGGUGCCCAACUCAUCCGACACCGGAGAAUUCACACUGGGGAAAAACCUUAUGUUUGUCAAGAAUGUGGGAGGGCCUUUGGCCAGAGCUCAGGCCUUUCUCUUCACCGUAGAGUUCACACUGGUGAGAAGCCAUACACAUGUAGCAAGUGUGGGAAAGCCUUCUCCCAGAAAGCAAAUCAAAUGAAGCAUGAGAAGAUUCACAGUGGAGAAAAGCCUUAUGCCUGUGACGUGUGUGGUAAAGCCUUUGGCUUCAGCACCCAUCUCAGUCAACACCAGAGAAUUCACACCCAAGAGAAACCAUAUUGUCACAAAGCCUUUUACAGCUCUUCUGCUCUUAGCAAACAUGAGCAGCUCCACAGCUGUAAAGUAACAGGUAGCACCGCUGAGAGCCACGUGGUGCCAGCAGAGUCCCACACUUCUGAAGGCGUUCAUGUGAAGUCAGCCAUUGAAACCAACACAUUGCAAACCUCCCCUCCUGAUAAGUCCUAGUAAAAAUCGGCAAGACACAUUAUACAGGCUCGUUUCAUGCAGACCAGCAAUUCUCAGCUCUCCUGAUGUUGCGACCUUAGUUCCUCAUGUUGUGGUGACUCCAACCAUAAAAUCAUUUCAUUGCUACUUCAUAACUGUGAUUUUGCUACUGUUAUGAAUUGUAAUGUAAAGUUUUCCGAUGGUCUUAGGAGACCUUUUGGAUCCUAAGGGGGUUAAGACCCAGAGGUUGAGAAGCGCUGAAUCUGAAGCUGUGCAAUGUCAGCAUUCAGUGGUAGACUUUGGAGCCAGUCCACCUGAGCCGAAUUCCAGUCCUGUCAUCCUAAGUAGCCUUGUGAAAGUCAUAACAUUUUUCCAGUACUUCAUUUUCCUCAUCUAUAAAAUGGGCAUAAAAUUCACAUCCCUCAGGGCUGUGGUGAGAAUUAAAUA